UUUGUCUGCAGAAAUGACCUUUACCCUUGUACCCUACUUUCAAUUUCAGUUUGGAAACAAAAUGAUUGCAUACGCUUUAACUACUGUUGGCUUACUGUAUCUUGUGAAAUUGUAUUUUGCACCAGAACCAAAGCCACUCGCAGGCGUAUAUAAACAGCCCAGUGCGCGAUACACGAUAAAAUACUGCUUCUUCAGGUUGAUUUUAUGGCUGAGACAGCGAAAAAACAAGAAACUGAAGGCAACGUCGGGCCAGAAUGCUGGGUAUGGGGUGCGGUCUAGAAGCUCGCCUGAAGAAAUGGAUCAAGUUCAAGAUCUUCCAAGCAUUGAUGAACACCCAAAGGCAGUGGAUGCUGUAUAUUUUAAUGGAGGAAACAAAGAUGGUUAUUUUCUGGUCACUGCCACGGCCAGGAGACAAGACAAUGUGGUCCAGACAUUGCUUUAUCUCAGGACACCAGGUCUUGGAAUCCUGCAAGGUACCUUUAUGUCGGACAGCACCAACCUGAAGGGAACAGAUCCCAAAUCUUACGCUGCUGGAGGCCUGAAAAUGACUCCACUAAAGGCAAUGGAAGAAUGGCAGCUUACCUUCUCAGGGAAAAUGGUAAUCACCAAGACGGGAGAAGAAGUGGAUGUGACCUUUGACCUUUUAUGGACAGCCUUUACUCCGUAUUUUGAUUUUGAUACAGACAUGAAUCCUGUCACAAUGGCUGAUGCUAUAUGUAGAGAGACUUGGUCAAGGUCAUAUUUUGAUGACCUCCAAAGGGUUCAUCAGACCCAUUACGAACAGUUUGGUGACAUUACUGGGACAGUUAAAAUUAGCGGACAUGCUGACGUCAAACUGAAUGUUUCGGGGGUCAGAGACCACUCCUAUGGCAACAUCCGUGACUGGACAGAUUUACACCGCUAUGCAAUACAGUAUUGUACCUUAGAAGACAAGACUGCCAUAUGUCUUGGGGUUAUAUCCAUGCCAAGGUCGUUGUCAAGGUUAGUAAUGGGGUAUGUUUUUCACCCUGACGGUGAACUGGACACAGUCACAUGGACAUCUUUUGAACUCCAUGAGCAUGGAGAAGAUGGAAUUCCUCCAAAAGAAUUCAUUGCCAAAUUUUCUGCUGGUGGAAAAAUGUACAAUAUGAGGUGCACUGUUGUGGACAUGGCCCGGUUUUUCAUUGGCGAGGGGAAGGAUGCCAGGAUAUUUGAACGUUUCUGUGACUACGAGGUGAAUGAACAGAAGGGGUGGGGCAUCAGCGAGUGGGAUUACAGGAACGGCAAAAGAUUUUUUGAUGAUGGAGAAAGUAUAUGAUGCAGUACACAUUGUAUAUUGGAUGUGAUAAACCACAAAGUACUUUUUAAAAUUUCUGCUUAACAGAUUUUGUGAUGUUCAUGAUGUAGGUAUGCGAACCCAUGCAUAAGAGCAGGGAGAUAUAUAACAGACUGAGAUAUGUCAACUCAUUCGGCGGCAUGUUAACCUUAAAAAAUAUGUGGCAAUCCCACCUAUAAAUUCUUAAUUUCUAUUUAUUAGUUUAAUGAAUUUAAACUAAAUUAAGUUUAUAUCAUUCCUAUUAUAAAUUGGAAUUGAACAUAAAAAGUUUUGAAAUUAUUUGACGAUUAAUAAAUGUGUUAUAAUUAGCAAAAAUUAGGCAAAUUGUAAACAUCAAUUGACUGAAAUAUCGAUUUUGGGUCAUGUAUCAUUUAUAAUUGAAAGUUCACCUUCAUUUUACUUUCAAGUGAUAUAUUUUAUAAAAAUAUGUUCCAAAUGAUUUGUUGACAGCUAGGAUUUAGAAGGUUUGAACUUGAUAUUUUUGAUUUUUGAAAUGGUAUACAAAAUUCAAAUCGGAGUGCUGUCGGCUGGGCUAUAAUAUGAGACUUCAAAUCAGAGUGCUGUCGGCUGGGCUAUAAUAUGAGACUUAACCUGUUAUCUUGUGUCUCUGAUAUGAGAAACUAAAAUAUGACAAUAUUAGUCUGUGAUAACAAAUAAAAAAAAAUUCCCUGUU